CCGACGGCUACCUUUCUCAACAACCAAACAAUCUCGGCUGGCCUCGCCUUCCAGGGGUUUUCAGAGACAGAUUAUGAGGGCAAAUUCACUCCGAUUAUUCGUGACGAGGGAUUUCACGAUCUAGGGAUGAACUGUACUAGCUAUGUGUGGCUUCCUGAUAGCACAACCUGUUGCGUAACGUUUUGUGCAAACAAAACGACGGCCGUUGGGUGGUGGUGCAAACCACGCUAUAGGAGUCACGCAUCUGGCGCGUUUCCUCGGAUAUACAUCUGGUGCGGCAAUGGCGACCCAGAGGCUAACCAAACAUGUCACUAG